UAUUCUGGGCUACUACUGGCAGGCGAUUGUGCAUGAAGGCACACGGUUGACGGAUCGCUACAAGACAGGUCAACCUGUGGAUAUACCCGUAUUUGAACAGUUUCUUUUACAGGGUAUGCUACUGGUCAAGGACACAAUCAAGACUGCUGCCCAGAACCUCGAUGGUCCAGACGUUGAGCGUGGAAGCAAACAACAUAAUUAACAAUCAGUUUUUGACAUCUGAUUUUGUUAACGCAUGCGCUGAAACUUUGAUUACCAAGUAUAUGCUGUUAACACCGGCUGAUAUGGAAAAAUGGGAAGAUGAUCCAGAAGGAUGGGCCAAUGCACUUGAUUCGGAAAACUAUGAGUUUGAGUUAAGGCCAUGUGCAGAAAUCACUUUUAUGAGCUUAUUGACGCAUUAUCGCGAUCAGUUAUGUCCCAUCCUGCUGGACUUGGUUGAAAAAGUGGCCAACGUCUCCACAUUUCAAGAUUUGCUAUUUAAGGAUGCAGUUUAUGCGGCAGUUGGGUUGGGUGUACAAUCGAUUUACGGCCGUUUGGAUUUCGAAACCUUUCUGGUAAAUCGACUAAUUCCUGAAAUUUCCCAAAAAGGAUCAGGGUUGAAAAUACUUCAUCGAAGAAUUGGGUGGCUAUUAGGUCGUUGGGUGAACGAAGGCAUCAGCGCGGACAGUCGUGUGGCAAUUUAUCAGGGCUUAUUGGAAUUGAUGGUGGGCGAAGAUGACAUGGUUGUCCGAUUAACAGCAGCCCAUAGCUUGCGCCAAGCAAUCGACGACUGGGACUUUGAAAUCAGCAUCUUGCUACCUUAUUUGGGACCUGCUAUGGAUUUGUUGCUAAAAUUGUUAAACGAGGUGGAGGAGUCGGAUACAGUAAUGAAAUUGAUCAGUGAUUUGAAUACUAUCGCCGAUCGUACUGGAGAACAUAUGGUACCGUAUGCACCCAAGAUCAUUGAUUUAUUAAUACCUCACUGGCAGCGCGCCGAAGACAAUCCCUUGUUUCAAUCAGCGCUGGUUGUCACGUUUACGAAAAUCACUGCAAUCCUCAAGGAGCAGUCUGUACAUGUGCAACACUUCUUUUUACCCAUUGUACAGUACGGCGUGGACAAAAAAAAUAAAGCGCGCGUGUACCUUCUCGAAGAUGUCCUUGAUCUAUGGUGGACGAUGCUACAAACAGCUCCUCAAGGGAGCUCCGAGUUAUUUUCGAUGCUCCCGUCGGCGAUCGGUUUGUUGGAAUACGACACGGAAGGACUACGAAAAACUUUGAAGAUUAUUGAAAGCUAUAUACUUUUGGAUGGCCAAACCACACUUCAGCAAGCUGCACCUCAACUCUUUUCUGGUCUGGCGGCUUAUGUUGGCAGUAGCAAAGUAGAAGUGGCAUCAAGCAUUACAUACGUGGGCGAAACCGCAUUCCAAUCGUGCCCUGUGCAAGUAUACGGAGAAGCAUUGAUCCAGUCAGGGCUGCUGGGAAACGUCUUGGAUGUGUUUGUUCAAGAUCAGCUCUAUGCCCAUGCGAUCAUGUCCUACAUGACCCUGUUUGCACGACUGGCAAUCUGUGAUGCACACUUUCUACUCAACUAUCUUCGAAUGGCAGGUCAGCAAAUGGCAGGCACCACCCCUGAUGACUUUGUCGGUAGUGUAUUGGAGCGAUGGAUGGAAAAGGUAAGAAGAUUGGUUAUAACCUUUGUCGUCCGCUUUGAUAAAAUCAUUACCUUUACUGAUCAUGUGGGUCUUUUAGUUUGACAAUAUCGGCCACCCACGAGCACGCAAGUUGAAUUGUAUAGCACUCACGAACCUAUUGCGUACGACAGAUGCAGUGGUCUUAGCAAGACUACCCCAUCUGAUGGCAGUGUGGAUUGAUAUUUUAGCCGAAGUGAACGAUGCCGAGGACGAGUAAGUGUGGCUUCCUCGUUCACUUACACCCCAUCUCCUUCCAAAGAAAAACAGAGGAACAGUUCAACUGAAAAGAGAUG